AUGAAUCAGCUGGUGGUUUUUUUGGACAUUGACAACACGCUGUACAGCGGGGAGGAGUACCAUUCCUUGGCGGAGCAGAUACGAGACGGCCUUGUAGAGUACGUUGGGAAUUGGCUGCAGCUCACACCACAAGAGUCAGAGGCGUAUGUUGUGCAUUGCUUUGAGAAGUAUGGUCUGACCAUCGCUGGGCUGAUGCAUGAACAAAAAGGGUUUGACGCCGAAGCUGCCACGGAUUUUUUGUACAGUCACUGUGACUUUAGCCAUCUGCAGGAGAACCCCCGGCUCCGGGAGAUGUUGUCUCGCCUCAGGAGGAAUCAUCACCUCUACUUCUUCACAAACGCCUCACGAAGGCACGCCACAACAGUGUUGCAAGCACUCGGCCUCAGCAGUGAUGAGUUUCGUAUGAGUGGCUUCACUUAUGAGGAUCAGUGGGCGCAAACAGCGCCGGUGCCAUGUAAUAAGCCCAUGCGAAAUGCAUACAUUGCUGUCAUAAAAGUUCUGAAGAAAUGGCUGCAGGACGCCGAGUGGGUAACCGCAGAAUGCAUGGUAAUGGUUGAUGAUAGCGCCUGCAACCUCAUUGAGCCACUGGCGCUGGGAUUGAACGCCGUGUGGGUCUCUCAUGGUCAUCCCAUCUCUGAUGUUCUUGCGGAGAAAAUGAAUACUGGGAGACUUUUCUGCAUUACUGACAUUAUAGAGCUUGAGGAUAUCAUUAAACAAAUCACAAUUAACCGAGAAAAUUGA